AUGAUGUCACUCGCUGGGAGGUUUGGAGCUGUGAAGUCUGCUUGUCCUCUGAUUGGGCAAUCGAGCUGUCGCUCGCCCCCGUCUUAGAGGAGGAUUGGACGAGGCAGCGCGGCGGGCGGGGAGAAGAGUGGUGGUAGACGGGCGCUGCUGUUUGGGGCUCGGGACCGGCUCCGGGGCAAGGCCCGCCUGAAGGCAGCGGCGGGUGCUGAAACAACGGGAGCUGGGGGAGAGAAGGUAUGAAACGAAGUGGGGUGGGGAGGAGGAUAGGGCUAUAUGAGGGGAAGGGGGUGGAGUUAAACAAAGCAGGGGGAAGACUAAAAGGGGGGGGGGGGAGGAAAGCAUAAAGCGGAGGUGGGGGGCGAGGAGAAACUGAGAGAGCAAUGGGGUCCGCGGUAGAGAAGAGGGACCUCUAACUGGGCCGCUGGUGGAGAGCGAAUUUAGGGGAGGGGGGGGGCUAAAGAAACGGUGGCCUCGAAUAGGCCAGGUGGGAGGGAAGCGGGUAGGAGAAACGUGGGCUGGGCGAGCAGCGGCGAGAGCGCGAGAAGGCGGCGGGGAAGACCGAGAGGAGCAGAAAGCUGAGGAGAAAGGAGCCGCGUGUGGUGCGCUGGAGGCUGCGGAAGGGUAGGGGGCAAAGUGAGGCCAGCCCCUCGCAAGCGGCGGCUGGUGGGCUGAGGGAAGUGUGGGGGAAGGGCCUGGAAGCUGUGGCGUGGGGGGGGGGGGAGGUUUGAGUAGGGUGUAUCGGGGGACUCGAGAGCUAAAGGACAGCACGUGGGCUAGAGGAGGAAAGGAAAGGGGUUCGUGGGCUUGGGCUGUGUGUGUGUGGGGGGGGUUAAACGUUAAAAGUUGGCCUGGAGAAGUGAGGGCGGGGGAAACUCCCUUUUCUGGUUUCUCCGGUGUUGUUGGGAAACGAAGCAACCUGAAGCAGGGACUUCGGAAAGGAUGGUGCAGGUGGAUGUGGGAGGGGUUACUCCACAAUUGGGGGGGUAGUUCGGGAGCGGAGGGUCAGAUUGGAUGAAGGAUUCUUGGAGUGGAGCGCGACUUUCGUUGUAGGUUUGGGUUGUAAACCACAUUCGGUACAGUAGGCUAGAGGUGGUAUGCAAAUUUUAAAAAUCGAAAGAGCCUGUGAAUUAUAAGGGUUGUUUGGUGUUGUUCUGAAGAAAAGUAUAGGUAUGCUUUAUUAUGCAACAGUGAUUUGGGGGAAAUAUUGCCCUACCUUACAAGGUUGUUGUAAGAACUGCUGUGUGGUGUUCGAAACUCCCAUUGUUCUAGGAGCAUUUUGCAACGGGGAAUUUCAUUAGUGCGAGCAGUUUCUGAGCUCUGGGUGCAGUACUGUGCCUAAGAUUUUAGAUUGAACUGCAGAGUGGGAGGAAAGGAAGAUCUUUUUCUGCCUCCCCACUUCCAGCUAUUCUGAAGACUGGAGAAGAGACCCUCUUAAUAUUGGGGGGUGGGCAGGAGAAGGACUAGACCGUGUGAAAAAUGAACAUAAUACUUUAGCUGCAGUUCAUUCAUUUUCAGCUUUGUAUUCUUAUUAUUAAAAAAUUGUGCCUAGACAUUCCAUUGUUGCGCCCAUAACCUAGGUUCAAAGUGCCAUUUAGCUUCUAACUUUCAUAUCUCAGUUUCUAACAUUGCUACUGUGAUAAAGUGGGUCAGCAUUCCCCAAUUUGGUCCCCUCCAUAUGUUUUUGACUGCAGCUCCCAUCUUCCCUGAUCACUGACCAUGUUGUCUGGAACUGAUUGAUGUGGGCACCCAGAAAGAGCACUGUAGGAAAGCUAAGUAGUAUCCAUUUACAGGCUUCCCAUAGGCACCUGGUUGUCUGCAGUGAGAACAGGAUGUGGGACUUGACUGGCCUUUGAUCUGAUUCAGCUGAGCUCUUGUAUUCUUAAAUGGAUGCAUGGUGAAAUGUAGAAGGGGCUGUAAGCAUCAGUGUACUUCACUAUCUAUUGAGUAUAGUUCUGUUUCUCAGUAGAGUGCUAGGAGCCUGGAGGAAGAUGGUAGUGGGUAUGGGAUAGUUAUGGUCAAGAUAGCCAAGAGCAUAAUGGGUAGUUUGGAGACUAGCAGAUUAUUGAGUGGGGAAAAGAGGCAAUUAGAGAAACUUUGGCUAGUAUACAACUUAUACAACUUUAUUUAUUUCAUAAAAUUUAUACACUGCUUGAUUGUAAACAAACCAACCUCAAACUAGACCCUCUUAAAAAGGAUUAAUUAUGAAAAGUUAUUGCUUUCUGAUCCCAUGUUUGCAAUCUUCAGAAAAUGAAUUGAAAUCCCCAUUUCAAAUAAGGUCUUUUAGGUUUUGUACACCACGUUUUAACUGUUUUGAUUUUGACUGCAGAUGAAUUCUGGAGGCUGAAGUCUUGUGCAUAUUUACCUGGGAGAAAGCCUCAUUGAAUGUAGUGAGACUCAUCCUUAAGUAGACAUUGAUUGGAUUGUGCUCUAAAUUGUGAUAAUGAAUAAUAAUAAUAAUUCCCCAGCCACUCCGGGUGGCUUCCAACAAAGAUUAAAAAUACAUUAAAAUGUCACACAUUAAAAACUCCCCUGAACCCUCAGCCUUCAGAUGGCUACUAUGUGAUCCAGGGGGUGCAACUUUUGAGUGGGAUAUUAGGUAACUGGAACAAGAAAGUAAAAUUUUCUAGAAGGAGGAGGUAGCAGGGAAAUUAAUGGCAAGGAACUGUUUUAUGUGUGGCUAAGAGUGUGUGAACACCAAGCAGGGUAGAUUGAUUUAAAUCAGGAAGAAUAAAAGACAAAUUUAAAAUACUGAUUUUAAAUUGUUUCCCAUUGAUUCUACAAGUUAUUUCUAAAACUAUGGUGUAAGACACCAAUAAACUAUGUUAUUUACACUGUUCAAUUCUUUCAACCAGGCUUUACAUCUCUUUGUCAUGUUGUAUAUACAUUUUGUAUGCUCUCCUUUCUUACCAAUACAACAAAUGUCUUUAAAAUAUUCCCAUAUGGGGCCUGUCAUAAUCAGGAUGCAUGAUUGUUAGGAGGUUAAUAAGCAUUUCUUCUCAGAAGUAAGUCCCAUGGAGCUCAGUGAGGCUUACUCCUAGAAAGAGAGUAUAGAAUUAGAACCUUAGCAUGAGAAUAUUGGAACAUGCAGACUGGACAGUUUGUCUUCUCUUCUUCCCAAUGUUCUUCUCUCCUUCACCCUGCCUUUGCCCAUCCCACCCUCACAAAUACAAGCAAAAAUAAAAUACACAUGAAUGAUAUGUCAUAACAAGGCUUCAUAGUUUGUAGGCAGACUAGAAUAGAUCUAUUUUCUUCAGGUGAAAAUGCAUGUAUAUGUUUGGCAGAUAGUGUAAAUACUCAUACUUGAGAAAUUGUCAAAUUGGCUUUUUAUGUACAGAAGCCUCAUUUAACUCAAUGUAUAUGACACUAAUUCUGUGGGUAGCUGGAGGACUAACCUGCCUUUAUUAAGAUUUUUUAAUAUUAACCUAAUUAUUUGCAGUUUAAACAAUAUUUUUAAAUAUAUGCAUAUAUAUAUCUAUAUUACCUUGCAAGUAGGAAAUAUUUCAAAAACUUGCAACUAAGUCUAAAUAGAAAAACUAGAGGGAAUUGUUCUACUAUAAUGUGAGGAGAAGAUGACAUUCUCAAUUGAGAAAAGAGUUGAGGGUUGGGGAUGGGGUUGGUUGGGGCUGUGGAUUUCAUAAUGGAAUUAAAAAUUUUUGAAAGCUCAGAACUGUUAGAGAUGUGCAUCCUCGUGGGGCUGUAUAAAUAAGUACAGGCUCUCUGGUGGUCUGAAAAAGGAUUUUAUGGUAGUGACUGGCCUAGGGGGAAUUCUCCAGGCUGUCUCCCAUGUUAUCUGGAUGCAUUUUGAGAAGGUUUAAAAUGAGACUGAAAUGUGAGCCCAGAAAGUCAUAGUGACAGAGGUUAGGAUUAAAGAGGGGGAAGCAUGCCGGAGAACAUGUGUUGGGGGAUUCUGGCUCUCCUAGAUCUUUAAAAACAACAACAACAACUUUGAAAUCACAUGUCUCUGAUGGAAAGGAAAAGAGAGGGAGACUGAAAUGUGAUAGUAGGCCAGAACAGAGAUUGGGUUAGGAUGAGUACAUGAUUGCACUUAGCAAAUCAAGGUAUGGAUUUUGAAAUUUCUUGUCCCCCCCCCCUUAUUGCUGGUGGUGACAACUGAUUGAACAAAGAUUAAGAGUGGGUUACAACAAAUGUUACAGGUUAAAUGAGGCAAAAGUUGUGUUGAAAUGCUACAGGAAGGCUUGCAAGCUAUCAUCUUUCUACUUAAGGCUCAUAUAUAAUUCUUAUUUUUUUAAAAAUCAAGGAUUCGUUAUGGAUAUGUUAUGAUGUGCACAUACAUUUUCUCUCUCCAGCAAUUUUGUGAUGGGCAUGCUAAGCCUUCCCUAUUUUCAUGUGGCUUAAUUGCAACUGUCAAAAGUGGGUUCUUAAUAGUAAUUUAAUGCUGUACAUGCAACCUCAUGUCCUUGGGAGUUUGCUAACUAAGAACUUGCAUGUGAGUCAUGGGCGUAGCCAGGAUUUAUGUUGGGGGGGCAGGACCUUUGGUUUUUUUGGGGGGGGGCAGAACUGAGCUAUCUGCAACUCAUAUUAUUAAAGUAUGUUUAUUUACCUGCACACCCCCCCCCCCCGGUUAUGCCCAUGGUUUGAGUGUGAGUGAGUGAGUGUGUGUGUGUGUGUGUGUGUGUGCUUCAGGGGCUGCUGCGUUACACUAAGUCAAACCAAUAGCCCAUUUAGCUCAGUAUUAUCAACACUGAUGGCAGCAGCUCUCCAGGUUUUAGACAGGUACUUUCCCAGCCCUAUCAGGAGACACCAGGAUUCGAACCUAGACUUUUUGUGUGCAAAGCAUGGGCUCUAGCCUUUCCCCUUUGAAUUAAACUCUUAGGAACUUUGGCUCAUUACUUCCUGUCCAUCCUUCUCUGUACAGUUUCCAUGGUUCCUUAUAAUCACCAGAGGGGCUGCAAGGUAGAUUAAGGAUAACAGGGAGUGGUCAGAUUUUUCAUACAUAAGCUCAGGAUGUUAAAUGACCCCUAAUAGUUAAACACUCCCUGCCCCUUUGAAACACAAUGCAUGUGUAUUCUGUAAGCAUUACGAUGCUGUAAACAUGGUAGGUGCAACUUUGUGGGGAAAUGUUGGAGGAUUCUUUCAAACUGAUGUGUAUAUACAGUAAUUCAGAGUUCUGUAGCUAAUAAUUGAGGAAAUAUGAACAUUCCAAAGUGGGGCAAGGCACCAUGGAAAAGAAGUGGAAGAAGCUGGUGGGGGUGGAGGUCAUUUGGCUGGUGAGGUCAUUUGGCUUUCCCACAGUAUCACAAAUAUACAUGGUAGGUAUCUGUGACUGGAAUGGAAAUCAGAGGAUUUGGCAGUUUCUGUAGCAGGGACAAAAGUAGGGGGAAGUGAACAUGUUAAGCAGGAGUUUAAUAGUAUUUUUGGUCCUGCAUUUGUUGGAUAAAUGUGGGUUUUGUUCUAAAGUCCAGCAAGCUCUGUGUGUGAAGUAGGAGAAGUAGCUGCAGAGAUGUAUGUUGAUGAAUAGGUAAAGGUACCCCUGACAGUUAGGUCCAGUCACGGACGACUCUGGGGUUGUGCGCUCACCUUGCUCUAUAGGCUGAGGGAGCUGGCGUUUGUCCACAGACAGCUUCUGAGUCAUGUGGCCAGCAUGACUAAGCUGCUUCUGGCAAACCAGAGCAGCGCACAGAUACGCCAUUUACCUUCCCGCCAGAGCGGUACCUAUUUAUCUACUAGCACUUUGACGUGCUUUUGAACUGCUAGGUGGGCAGGAACAGGGACCGAGCAAUGGGAACUCACCCUGUUGCGGGGAUUCGAACCGCCGACCUUCCGAUCUGCAAGACCUAGGCUCUGUGGUUUAGAUCACAGCGCCACCCACAUCCCCACGUUGAUGAAUAACACCCUUCUAAAACCUGAAAGCCAGGCUUCACACUUGUACUUAAUGUAAAUUGACCAGAAACUCAUACUGAAUAAAAGCAUAAUCAGCAUACUUCAAAAUCAUUGGCUGUAAGCAGCUGGGAUAGAGGAUAAAGGGUGGUUGAAAAGCGAGUAGGGCACUAGUUUUAUUUGCAAGGUUGUUAUUAUCAGUUGGUUCUUUGUUGUGUCUUGCUGAGGAGUCAAAGGGGAGUGGAGAGAAGUGAAAGAUGAUGUUGCUAUAAAAUGGAGGAAGAUAAGCAAACUAGGCAGUACUGACCUAAAUAUAACUUUGUGUGUGUCAAGAUAUACUUGUUGGUGAAUUAUGUAGACUCUGUGCACACUUUUUUCUUUGUGGCCCAUAGGUAACAAAGUGUUUCAGUGUUGAGCAGUGUCCAAAGGGUGGUGUCUCUAGUGUUUUAUCACCUUCAUUUUUUUUGGCUGUGUUUCAGUUUCUGACGAAACCCAAAGCAAGCAGCAGAAGAGUCUUUGAACAUUUUCCUGCUCUGGAAUCUUGGACUAGAGGAAGGAGGAGGGAAGAGUGA